UAUUUGGAUGUGAUGAUGGCGGCAGAAAGACACCAUCAGGCAUUGCGGCUGGGAAAGUGCCCCAUCGGUGGAAAGGACAGCAGGGAGGGGGCGGGGCUUAGCGCGGCCUGCGGAUCCUCGGGCUCUACUCGCCGGUCUGACCGUCUUCUGCGGCGGAUCGAGGCCGCACUCCCUGAUCACGAACAGCGACUGCGCAUCGUCAUCGGUCAGGGAUCUCUGGAAGCUCUGCUCUUGGUGGAAUCCCAUCACAAAACUGCAGGACCACAUGAGAAAAACAUGUUCAGUGCCGGGCGGACGUUACUGGACUUUGCCUGUGGCCACCUUCGCGCAGGCCGGUGCCUCGCCAAGCUCCAGCCCUGGUGCGUGAGGAAGGCUAUCCACCUGAAGAUGGGGCUCGGCACGUCCAGGCCUCUCGACCCCGCAGGCCCGUCCCGCGCUCGCACCGUGGAGGAGCUGUUUAGCCAGAGCUCACUGCAGGGCUACCUGAGGGAGCUGGAGCGGGAGUACGCGGAGUCGCUGGAGAGACUCGCUGGCUGCCGGGCGCCCCCCGGGCUGGAGAGUGACGACACGACCAGGGAGGUGCAGAGGCGAGUGGGCGAGCUAGCGCCGGUGGUGAACGAACUGCUGCAGCUGAGGGCCAAGGAGCAGGAGCUACGAGACAUUGAGAGCCUGCUGGAAGAUGACGACGCAGAUCUGAAGCGGCUGGCAGAGAGUGAAGAGAGUGGUUGCCAGGCAACGAUCCAGGGCCUGAAAACCAAGAUCCUUUCUCUCCUGAUUCCCUCGGAAGAGGCGAGUAACAACGACCUGAUUCUGGAGGUGACAGCAGGUGUCGGCGGACAGGAGUCCAUGCUGUUUGCUGCAGAAAUGUUCGAAAUGUACCAGGGCUACGCAGCCUACAAGCACUGGGUCUUUGACGUGCUGGACUACCGUCGCAGUGAGCUAGGGGGUCUGCGGCACGCUGUUGCCAGCGUGAGUGGUGAGGGGAGCUAUGGACGCCUGAUGUACGAGGGAGGAGUUCACCGAGUUCAGAGGAUCCCCAGAACCGAGAGGCAAGGCAGGAUUCACACCAGCACCAUGACUGUGGUGGUGUUACCCCAGCCCACCGAGAUUGAGCUGACGAUCAGCCCAAAGGACCUGCGGAUCGAAACGAAGCGAGCGAGUGGGGCAGGGGGUCAACAUGUGAACACAACGGACAGCGCAGUCCGAAUCCUCCACAUCCCGACUGGUGUGGUGUCAGAGUGCCAGCAGGAGCGGUCCCAACUGCGGAAUCGCGAACGGGCCAUGCAGAUGCUGCGAGCCAAGCUCUACGGCAGGAAGCUGGAGGAGGAGACGAGCAGACGGCAGCAUGCUCGCAGUAUUCAGAUUGGGACCAGGGGAAGAUCAGAAAAAAUCCGAACCUACAACUUUCCACAGGACAGGGUUACAGAUCAUCGGAUCGGCAAAUCGCUCUACAACCUAAAGGACUUCAUGCUGGGGGAAGAGCUUCUGGAUGAGAUGAUUGAGGAGCUGAGAAGCCUCAUUGACACUGAACAUCUCCUCGAGUUCCUGGAGAGCAUGCAGAGACAGCAGAAUAGAUCAGGGGAUCGGUGACGAUCUUUCAAAACUCCAAUAAAAUUGGACUUGAUAUGCUCCGAUUGAUUUUAGAGUAAUUGCUUCGUAGAACACUACAGCACAGAAACAGGUCCACUGGCCCAUCAGGUCUGUGCUGAACUGUUAUUCUGCCUAGUCCAAGCAACCUGCACGUGGACCGUAGCCUUCCCAUCCAUGUACUUAUCCAAACUUUUCUGAAUGUUGCAGUCAACCCCACAUCCACCACUUCUGCUGGCAGCUCAUUCCACACUCACACCAGCCUUUGACUGAAGAAGUUUCCACUCAGGUCCCCCUUAAAUAUUUCACUUUUCGCCCUUAACCCAUGACCUCUAGUUCUAGUCUCACCCAGCCUCAGUGGAAAAAGCCUGCUUGCAUUUACCUUUUCUAUACCCCUCAUAAUUUAAUGUAGCUCCAUCAAAUCUCCCCUUGUUCUUCUACACUCCAGGGAAUAAAGUCCUAACCCAUUCAUUCUUUCCCUAUAACUCAGAUGCUUAAGUCCCAGCAACAUCUUUGUAAAUUCUUUCCUGGAGGUAGGUGACCAGAACUGCACACAAUACUCCAUAUUAGGCCUCACCAAAAUCUAAUGCAAGUUCAAUGUAACAUCUCGGCUCCUGCACUCAGUAAUUUAAUUUAUGAAGGCCAAUGUGUCAAGAGCUCGCUUUAUGACCUUAUCUACUUGUGAUGCCACUUUGAAUGAAUUGUGGACCUGUAUUCCCAGAUCCCUUUCUUCCACCACACUGUGUACUCUGGCCUGGUUGGUCCUCCCAAAGUGCAACACUUCACACUUGUCUGCAUUAAGUUCUAUCUGCCAUAUUUCACAACAUCUUUCGAGCUGCUCCAGAUCCCGCUGCAAGCCCUGAUAGUCUUCCUCACUACACUCCCAGUCUUGGUGUCCACAAAUUUGCUUCAUCACUGUCCAUUUUGAUUCUCCGCUGCCUGUCUUGCUCCUCGGUGGCUGUAGACCUUGCCCCAGUCUUGCUACCUUAGUUAUUCCAAUAGACCUUGUCGUGUCUCAGCCCAAAUUACCCUCAAUGAACCUCGAGUUUGGCCAAAAGUGCACUGUUGUAGUCUUCACCUAUGAUCCCACUCCUACUUGUAAGUUUCGUUCAUCUCCUCUUCCCACUCAUGUUCCUUGUGUUGUGGUUCCCACCAGAACCAUGCCCACACUCUGGUGUGACCCAUCAACCACUGAGAUCUCUGUAGUCCUCUGGUUCAGCCCGUUGAUUGUCCCCAGAUUUAAUGGCUUCACCCUUGGUGACAGAAUCUUUGUUUGCCUGGGGCCUGAGCCCUCGAAUUUCCUCUUUGAUCUCUGCUCCCUCUCUCUUCUCCUGUUUGGCUAUUCACUAUGGGGUCAUCUUCUCUGAGAUUUCCUUGCAUGGCUCAGAGUUAGUCUUCAGAAAAUGUCCCCGUGGAGCAUAUUAUUGAACAUCGGAUUCAGAUUCAUUUACUUCACAAACAACAUACCCAAAGGGUGUGUUGGGGGCAGCCCACCAGUGUCUCCACACAUUCCGGUGCCAAUGGAGCAUAUCCACAAUGCUCAGCAGAACAACACCAAACACAAGUGACAAAGCAACAACAACAACAGUAAAUCAAGCCCUGUUCCUCCUCACACGGACAGUCAUCCAACUCCGGUCCCCAGGCUUUGGCUGUCGGGCCUUGACCUCCACUAACCUUUGGGCUUUGAUCUUCUGUGUCAAGCCUAGGACUAGCCAAUGACAAGACCCCGAACUCUAGACUUGAACUGCGGGCUUUACAACUCACCAGCCCUCGUGUCUCCUGCUUGCACAGACUUCCAAUUCCACAAACCACCAACCUGGGACAGCCCAACAUCCACGGCUGUCCUUCAUCAUGGAUCCACAUCACAGGACUUCGAGUGUGGAGUAGAGGCCGAGACUCCGGACGUCCAUAAGACACAAGCAGAAUUGGGCCAUUCAGCCCAUUGAGUCUGCUCUGCCACUCCAUCAUGGCUGAUCUAUUAUCCCUCUCAACCCCAUUCUCCUGCCUUCUCCCCAUAACUUUUGAUGCUCUUACUAAUCAAGAACCUAUCAACCUUCACUUUAAAUACUCAGUUACAUGGCCUCCAAGGCGUGUGUGGCAAUGAAUUCUACAGAUUCACUACCCUCUGGCUAAAGCAAUUCCUCCUCAUCUCUGUUCUAAAUGGUCAUCCCUCUAUUUUGAGGCUGUGCCCCCGGUCCUAGACUUACCCCAUUAUAGGAAACAUCCUCUCCACAUCCAUUCUAUGGAGGCCUUUCGAUAUUCGAUAGGUUUCAAUGAGAUCCACCCUCAUUCGUCUAAACUCCAGUGAGUACAAGUCCAGAUCCAUCAAAGGCUCCUCAUACUUUAACCCUUUCAUUCCUGUGAACCUCCUCCUGACCCUUUACCCCAUGUCUACAUCACUACUUUGAACAUGGAGCGCAGAGCGCUGGCCGAGACCAAGAUGCAUAACACACACACACACACACACACACACACAACACAUAAAGUGAUAUUACCACAAAUAAAUUAACAAAUAAUAAUUUGCAUUUACAAGACAAGUUAAAGAAAAGUAAACAUUAUAACGAUACUGGUGCUUCAUAAGUAAAGAGACCCCAGUGGUGUCAGGGAGUUCAGUUGUCUCACGGCCUGGGAGAUGUUGUUUCAUGUCCUGCCAGUCUUUAUCCUAAUGCUACAGUACCUCCUGCCGAAUAGUAGGGGGUCAAGGAGAUUGUUGGAUAGAUGAGACAGGUCAUUGACGAUGCUAAGUGCCCCUGAUAAAUAUACCUGACGGGUGGAAGAGGAACACCGAUGGUAGUUUUAUUCAUAUCACACGUACUGGAGUAGAGUGGAAAAACUUUGUUCGGCAUGUGAUCCAUACUUGAUAAAACAGUGUACGAUAUGAUAAGAGGCAUUGAUAGAGAAGACAGGCGGCGUCUUUUUCCUAGUGUGGCAGAGGCUAAUACUGGUGGUUGGAGCAAAGUUUAGGAGGUAUGUCAGAGUGUUGUUUUUUUACACAGAGCGGUGGGUGUCUGGAAUGCCCUACCAGGAGUGAAGGUAGAGGCAGAAACAUUAGGGACAUUUGAAAGACUCUUAGAUAGACACAUGGAUGACAGAAAAAUGGAAGGUUCCGUGGGAGAGCACAGUUAGAUUGACCUUGGAGUAGGUUAAAAGGUCAGCACAACAUUGUGGGCCGAAGGGCCUGUCCUGUAUGUACUGUUCGAUGUUCAUAGAUAUGAUUUCCUCACAUCAGUGCAUUGAGCUGAUAUAUGAGAAAACAAUACCAGAAUGCAGAAUAUAUUGUUACAGUGACAAACUCUUUGGGCUUGUGCAGGGCUCCGAGCUUUUCAGAGCACCUGAACAGGUUUGUUGUUGGGUAAUGAGAGUCAUUAAUCAUUUAGAGUUUCUUGUGUUUUCUCCAAGCGACUCUCUCUCUCUGUAAUGCAGUCUCCUGGUGUUUCCUGAUUAAAUUCCGUUUGAUCGGCUCGGGGAUUCUGUGUAUUACUUGUGGCAGACCUGCUCUGUCAAAUGUUAUUUGUAUUAUUUAAGCGGACGUCCGUUUAGCACUAAUCAAAAGCUCCUGGUUUUGAGAAUGUUGCUUCUCGCAGUGUCGCUCGGUCAAGCCACUGACGUCCUUUUAGAAUUAUUAUGAAUAAACUCUUGUUCACUGUCUCUACAUGGGAGUUUGUCUUUCCCAUGCACUUGGGUUCCAAUAUUGCCAAUGCACAUCCUGAUGAUGUGUCUACUUUGCCUAAUUGCCUUGGAAUUGGAAUAGAUUUAUUAUUGUCACACGUGCCGAGAAACAGUGUGUCCGUAUGCUUGUCUGUAUAGAUCAGGUCAUUGCACAGUGCACUGAGGUAGGACAAGGGAAAACAGUAACAGAAUGCAGAAUAAAGUGUUACGGUUACAGAGAAAGUACAGUGUAGGUAGACAAUAAGGUCCAAAGCCACAGGAUAGAUUGUUCAAAUUUAUUAUCAAAGUAUCCAUGCAGAUGACCAGGAAACAAAGAAAAACCAUGGAGAUUGUUCAAAGAAAAACAUCAAAACACCCUCACACACAAAAAAAUUCUAACAAAUCAUGCCAAUCUGAGACUUAUCAGGAUGUUGCCUGGAUUGGAAAACAAGUCUUAUGAGACAAGGUUAGCAGAGCUGGGACUUUUCUCUUUGGAGCGUAGAAGGAUGAGAGGGUACUUGAUAGAAGUCUACAAGAUUAUGAGAGGCAUAGAUAUGGUGGGUAGCCAGUACCUGUUUCCCAGGGCACCAACAGCAAACACCAGAGGGCAUAUGUACAAAAUUAA